UAUAAUGACGUUUAACGCGGUUUUUAAUUGUGAUUUAAUAAAUUACUAUUGUUAAUAUAUGAUGUAUUGAAUUGCGACCACAGCGCGGUAUUCAUUGCACUAGUCAAAUUGUAUAAUAACAUGAAACGAACAGCCGACGGCGAAACCGCUUGUCCGCGCUAGAAACGGAAUUUGGCGCGCAAUCGCUGUGGAAUUUCUUUUUUUUUUUCGUUUUUGCGACCGCCCUGGUAUAAUACACCUAUAUGUAUAUAAUAAUAAUAUCAUCCAUUCCGAGUGAGCGGCGUACUCGUGCGAUUUAUAUAUAUGUAUAGAUAGUGUAUAUAGUAUAGCCUUGGCGCAGCAGACGGCCGCUGUCUUCUCUGCUAUUAGUUUCGUGCGAAAUUCACUUCCAUGUCGUCGGUAUAGUAGUUAAUAUAGUUAUAAUAAUACAUAUAACAUUAGUCAUUAACCCGGUCCCAAUGUCAAAGCCACGCAGCGAUCGGACUAGUUUUUUUUUUACCUGAUUUUGAUUUGAUUACUUUUUUUUUUUUUUUUUACUUUAUCUCGACGUCGCCGAACAACGACUUAGUAUUAUAUACUUACCUGUUACCUACUUACGCCUACCGUUUUUUUUUUUUUUUUUUGUUCGCGUUUGCCGCGCCGUUCUGUUUGCAGUUAAUCGCACGGUCAACCCUUUCGCGAGGUUUUUUGGAUUUGCCAAUAAUUUGACACAACAAAAAAAUAUUCGUUUGUAUUUCCAAGUGUGCGCACUGAUCGACGGCAACCCGGUGGGGAAACGUCCAAUGCGAAAAUCGUGUCGCGCCCAAAGUUAUUAAUAAAUCGCCGUCGUCGUCGCCGAAAGGACACAUUUCAACUAGAAUAAUAUACAAUGGCUUCUACAAUUUACAAGUUAAUGGUGGGCGGAGCGUCAGUAGGAGCCGGAGCGUAUUUCACAACGUGGGUUCUAACUGGAGAAAACCCAACAAAAAUAAAAACCGUACAGGCAGAACAUGUCAAGAAAACGGGCAGGAAGCGAACGCUGCCUCUGAGAGACACCCAGAUUCAGUCUUUAAAGUCGGAAAGUUUCGACGUCCUCAUAAUCGGGGGAGGCGCGACCGGAGCGGGUUGUGCAAUAGACUCUGUUACUAGAGGUUUGAAAACUGCUCUCGUCGAGUUGGACGACUUUGCAUCGGGUACAUCUAGUCGUAGUACAAAACUCAUUCACGGAGGAGUGCGUUAUUUACAAAAAGCAAUUCUCAACUUGGACUAUGAUCAAUACAAAAUGGUCAAAGAAGCAUUGCACGAGCGGUCUUCGAUGCUUCAAACGGCUCCACAUCUCACUCAGGCGAUACCGAUUAUGUUGCCCGUUUACGAGUGGUGGAAAGUUCCUUAUUAUUGGAUCGGUAUCAAGGCGUACGAUUUGGUGGCCGGUUCGAAAACUAUCAAGAGUUCUUACUAUUUGUCCAAGAACGAAGCUCUUGAAAUUUUCCCCAUGCUUAAGAAAAACAAACUCGUUGGAGCUAUUGUGUACCACGACGGUCAACAAGACGACGCACGAAUGUGUCUUGCCCUGGCGUUGACGGCAACUAGAUACGGAGCGACUGUGGCGAAUCACGUGAAAGCCGUAGAAUUGUUGAAAGAUUCCAGCGGGAAAAUAUGUGGAGCACAUCUCAGGGACGAACUGACCGGCAAGGAGUGGGAUGUUAAAGCAAAAUGUGUCAUUAAUGCUGCCGGUCCGUUCACAGAUGCCGUGCGACAGAUGGAUGACCAAAAAGUUAAACCAAUUUGUUCACCCAGCAAAGGAGUGCACAUCGUUUUGCCCGGUUAUUACAGUCCAGAGCAAAUGGGUCUACUGGACCCCGAAACAUCCGACGGUCGAGUCAUUUUCUUUUUGCCAUGGCAAAAAUACACGCUGUCUGGAACUACAGACAGUCCGUGCGACGUCACUUACCAUCCGAUGCCCAACGAAGAAGAAAUUUCAUUCAUACUUAACGAAAUCAAAAACUACCUUAAUUCGGACGUUGAAGUACGCAGAGGUGACGUCUUGAGUGCGUGGAGCGGUAUUCGUCCAUUAGUGUCGGAUCCCAACAAAGCGGACACGCAAUCGUUGGCUCGUAAUCACAUUGUGCAUGUGAGCAAAUCAAAUUUAGUAACGAUCGCCGGCGGUAAAUGGACCACGUACAGAGCUAUGGCCCAGGAAACAUUGGACGCUGCUAUCAAAGCUAUUCCCGAGUUGAAACCGACCAAGCCCGAGUGCCAGACCGAUGGUCUUAAAUUGGAAGGAUCCCACGGAUGGACACCGACCAUGUACAUUAGAUUGGUCCAAGACUUUGGUUUGGAAUGCGAAGUAGCCCAACACUUGGCGACUGCUUACGGCGACCGAGCUUUUGCCGUGGCCAAACUAGCUCAGCUCACCGGACAACGUUGGCCGAUCAUAGGAAAGAAAAUCCACCCAGAUUUUCCAUACAUCGACGCUGAAAUCCGGUACGGAGUUAAAGAGUACGCCAUGACGGCGGUCGACAUGGUAGCCAGACGCUUGCGUUUGGCAUUUUUGAACGUACAAGCUUGUCAGGAAGCGCUGCCGAUGAUCGUCAACAUUAUGGCCGAAGAACUAAACUGGAACGAGGAAGAAAAACAGAAACAACUGAAAGCGGCUAGUGAAUUUUUGGCCACGGAAAUGGGCAUGAGCGUCAACAGAGCGUCCCGAGAUAAAAUCCCGAUCACUCUUUCCAAAGACGAAAUCAAAAUGUACGUCAGUAGGUUUCAAUUGAUAGACAGAGACCACAAAGGUUAUGUAUCCAUCACCGAUAUUCGUAGGAGUAUGAAAAACUUUGGUGAAGAAUUAAGCGGCUUAGAAUUGCAUGAAAUUUUGAGAGAAAUCGACACUAACAUGAACGGUCAAGUUGAACUGGACGAGUUCCUACAGAUGAUGUCGGCAAUCAAAUCGGGCCACAUAACGCACUCUCGGUUCGCCAAAAUGGCCGAACUGGAAGAACAAGCGCAUGAAAAGAAAUUAAAAACGGCAAGUAACAUUUCCGUCGAGAGAAGCGGCGGCGGUAUCUAAGUACGAGGAGGAUUCUGUUCUUGCAUCGAUGAUUAUUAUUACUUUCUCGUUAUUUGUAUUUCGGUAAAUUGAGUUAUACCUUGUUGGUUUUUUUUUGUUUUUUAGCGCCUGCGAACAACUAUUAUUAGAUUUAUUUAACAUUUAACUUUUAUUUUAUUUGUUAUUACAAAAUUUAAAAUGUUUGUUUUUUUUUUAAAUAGAAACACUGUUGGUUAUUGUUAUGCUAAAAAUAAAAAUUAAAAAUCCCAAAGAAUAGAGAAAAUGAUGAUUUAACUUGGUCGCUUAUUGAUAUUUUUAUUUACGCGUUAAAGUCUUGGUCGAAGCUAAAAUCUAAGCGGUGUACUUUUAAGACUUUAUUAUUAGUUUUCCUAUAAAUGGUCAGACCUUCUAGAAAGAAAAAAAAUAGAGUAUAUUUUUUUGUUCCAGUAGAAAUAUACAAUUUUGAAUAUAAUAUUUAAUUUUAGUUAUAAUUCAACAAUUUGUAUAAAAUGUAACAAGAAAAAAUAUAAAACAUGUUAUAUCACAUCAAGUUAAUGCAUAAUAUUAGAAAAUCAUCACAGUUAGAGUUUUGUCAAUAAAAAUGUUUGGUAGUAUAAACCAUAAAUAAUGGUAUAUUAUGUUAAAUUGUACUUGAUAAGAAAGAGAGAGAGCGAUAGUGUACUUACAGAGUAUGAUGGUAACAUCUUAUUAUAAUAAAAAAUAAAUUUAAUUAAAAUGAAAAAAGAUAAUAAUAUGUAUUGAUUGGUGUUUGAUUAAAAAUAACCUAUGAUUCAGUUUUAAUCUUCGAUCAGCGACCUGUCCUGGUUGUACGACGAUUGAAUACUUCUCGCUAGUAAAAAUAUGAGCAGU